CUUUAAAAAAAAAAGUAUUUUUUUUAACGCUUUAAAUGUCAAAUGUCUCACUGCGUUGUGGCGGUAGCUACUCUAGCUACAAAGAGUUGGUGCAACGAGUUAGAGAAGCUAACCUAAAUUAGCUUCAAUUAGCUUCGGCUGCGAUCGGGAAAUGUUCGUGUUCAAAUCUGAGGAAAAUGAAAAGAAAAGUAUCGAAAUUAAGACCGAGUCCCAACGAAGAGGCUCGGAUAAUACGCGAAGAGCAGGAAAGAAGGAGAAAACUACGAAUACAGCAGGUACGAGAGCAGCAGAAGCACAUCGCUCUGCAGAUCCGCAGAGAGGUUGAGCAGAGACGGCAACAUGAGCUGCAACAGCUGGAACAGGAGCUGAGGGAGGAGUGGACUCGACAACAGAGGGACAAACUCCAGACGCUGCAGAGAUUAUACCAAGAGAGCCUGCAGCUAAUCGGCCAGGGCCACAGGAGUGCAAAAGAAAACGAACCUGAUCUUGUAGCCAUUGCUCAGAGGGAGGAGGAAAAUCAGGCCAAAGCAGAGGAGCGUUAUCGAGAAGCCCUGAAGGAGCUCAAAACACAACAAAUCAGAGAUCAUGACAGGCAAAACCGGCCCAUUAAUGCCCGGAAGAAAGCUCUACAGGCAGAAAAAGAAAGAUCAGCGAAAGUGGCCAGUCUCCCACCUCCUCUGAAGCCCAUCCAGAGCGUUGAUGUUAAGAAGCCACACGUGGUGAGGAGAUGUGAUCCGAGCGCCUUUGCCACCACACAUUACCACAUGCUGGAGAGCGCCGUAGAGAGGGAGGCAGAGACCGUUCAGCCUGAUGCGCACACAGAGGCUGAGCUGGAGGCAAGGAGGCUGCAGGAGCUACAGAAGGAGGAGAAGAGGAGGAGGGAGGAGCAGCUGGAGAAAGCUCGUGUCCGAGGGAGGCAGGCUCUGAGGCGGGAGCAGCUUGUGCAGGAUCGGGAGCGUCUGCUGGUGGAGCUGGAGCACCUGCAGCAGACGGACAUGCUGAGGAGGAGGCAGCAGGUGGCACAGAUGCCACCGCAGAUCUUCCAGCCUCUCUACAAGAGACAGGAGACGAGGGAGGACUUUCAGAGGGACAUGGAGUUCGCCUUCGAGGACAUGUACACCGGAGAGAGGCGGGUUAAAGGUGAUCUGGUGGUCCAGUUGGUGCCUGAGCCUCUUCCAGCUUCUUCCACUGGCAGCCGGGACCAAGAGCUCGAUGUUACUUUGGACGAAACGUCCAGGCCUGAAGCAGAGCAUGUGCACAAUGACACGGAGCGACAAGCUGGAAGCUCUGAGCAGGAAACAUCUGCUGAAGCGGAGCCUCCAAAGCCCGCUCCCAGACGGGCUCUGAGGAAACUCCUGGAUCGGAUCAGGAGCCAGAGGGAUGAGUGGGUCAGUGGCAGCAGCCGCGUGUCCGAUUCCCCGACUGUCUUCACGGACCUGAUCCCAGAGCGGGACACGAGCAUCGAAUCUGGAUCUUUACAGAGUGAAGAGAAACAUGAACAGACCCCCAUCGAGGCUCCUGAGGGCACCACCCCCCCACCAGCUGAGGAGCUUAAAGACCAGCCACACCGUUCACUUCCUCACGUUCUCGCCAGCAAAUUCCAAGAAUUCGACGUAGAGCGAAAGAAAAGGGAGGAGGAGCUGGAGACGGAGAAACGGCAGCAUAUGUUUCUGCUGCAGGAGCUGGAGGAGCAGAAAGCCAAACUGGAGCAGAUGCUGCUUGAAGCUCAGCAGGAGAGGGACCGCCUGACGGCUGCUGCGACUCAGGAAACCAUCCUUAACCAAGAAGAAGAACCUGCAUGGGACCAGCAGGUCACCCCUGGUUUAAUCACUCAGCCAGCUCCUCCUGCAGGUGAAGACGAUCACACCAGCAGAGUCAGAGAAUACCAGCAGAGGCUGUUGGAGCAGAACAGAGUUCACCAGAGGUCAGUGGAAGUCGCUCGUCAUCGUUUGGAGGAAUACCAGCGAGCUCUACAAAUUCGCCACAACAUGACUUUCAGGUCAUUGCUGCCUGUCGUCCGGCCCCCGAGCAUCUUUCCUCUGCUUGGUGCACAGUCUGACCGCCUUCCAGCUCCUCUGCAGCUCCCCACUCCCCCUGCAGCGCCUCCUUUUGUUCAGAAUGAGCCACAAAUCUCUGCGGAGGUUGUCACGAGAGACUCUGAGGCGUUGGCUCCACCUCCUUGUCCUGCUCCCAGUGCGGGUGUUUGCUCAGAGCUGAAGUCUGGUGAAUCUGUUUCAGACACUCUGAGUUUACACAGACCAGAUGGAAACACUUACCUGACUGACGACAUAAUGAAGAAAGUAACAGAACACUUACCAGACAGACUGAGACCGUCCUCUGAGCUGCUGCCUCACAAACUGUUACCGAGCAUCUCACAGUCCAGCUCUGAUCCGCUCCGAGCCGUUAGCCCCAGGAGCCCAUCUGUGGGUGCAGGCCUGAUUCCCAGAGAGGACACGGAGACGCAGAGGGAGGCAGUGAUGCAGAGGCUGCAGGAAGAAGGGAGGCGGAGACGUGAAGUGGAGUUGGAGCAGAUGAGGAGACAGAAGUCGACUCUGCAGGCUCUGAUAGACACUGAUGGACACGUUUCACAGACUCCCUGUGAAGAGCUGCACUCUGAGGACGCCGGCCAACGACGACGGAUGUUGCUCGUCUCACUGCUGAAGGCCAUCGAGGAGUCGAACGGGGGAACUUUAUCUCACCUGGAGGAUGCUGAGGAGAGGGAUGGCUCCCUUCGACAAACUCUGUGUGACUCUGCUGAGACCGGUGGGAGGAUGCAUUUGUUUCAGAAAGAGAGAAAAAACAUUAAUCACAAUAAUCUCAAUAACAGACAAAAUCUGUAG